AAUAUAAGGAUUGUGUAUGUAUAUAUGUAUAUAUCAGUCGCAUAAACAUUGGUAAGAAAAAUAAAAAGAAACGAAAGCAUAUCCAUUCUGUCAGUUUUGCAAUUUGGGGUUGCCACACGUAGAAAAAUUUUACUCCAUUUAAAAUAAGUUAAAUUUUAAUACUGUAAAGUAUAAUUAAACUCAAUUAAUUAUUCCAUAAAUUUUAAAAUAUAGAAUUAAAAUUAAGGGUUCCAGUGUAUUACUUCUUUUAAUUCUUACAAUUUUUUUUUAUAUCUUUUUACCAUUUCCAUAUCUUUAUACUAUUUUAUAAACUGGCAACAGUUAUUUGGCCAGUUCGGGUAGAACGGCACCGCGUUUUCUCAAUCAUUCUUCUGCAAACCUUUGUAGAAGGCGGACGCUUACUCUCGUCUUACGAAACCGUGGUUCAUACUUUUUGACCCCGGCUUUGAUUCCGAUUUCGCUUCACUUGACAAAUACGACUGUGUCUAAGUGUGUUGAUCCUGCUAUACCUGACGACCUGUGUCACUAAUCCUGACAUUUUUGGCUGUAUCGGAAUUUCUGAUCCUGAUCUUCCAAAGAUAUUAAAUAUGGAUAAUAUCGAGGAAAAUCUCCGAAUGAUUUUCGGCGAAGAAGAGGCUGAAGAAUAUCGGCAGGGAAGCCGGCACCGCACUAUAAGUGUGACUUCGGAGCCAUCUCUUCAGGGAUCUGACCUCUCCGAUGAGGACGAGUUGGACCGGACUUUCGAAUCUGAGGAGAGUGCUGCUGUAUCGGAGGCAGCUGGAGACUCCGAGGGCCAAGCAGAAUGGGAGGAAGGCCCAUUUGUUCCCAUCGACGUGCCAUCCACUCCACCCAGCCCAGGACUGCUCGUAAGGGGUACCGCGUCAAUGACGCCUUUCCAAUAUUUUCAAAUAUUUUUUAAUUUAUCUUUUUUAAGGCAUUUAGCAUGCAUGACUAACGAGCAUGCUGAAAAAAUUAUCACAGGGACAAUUAUGAAACCUGAGAGCCGACUCAGGAGGUGGAAAGCCACCACUGCCGAGGAAAUUCUAACUUUCCUGGGUAUUUUAUUCUUUAUGGGGACAGUUAGACUGUCAAAAAUUAAUGAUUACUGGAAGAAAUCACAUUUAGUUAGUUUUAAUUUACGAAAGUAUAUGAGCCGCAAUAGAUUUUUAUUAAUCUUACGGAUGCUGUACUUCAAUUAUGAAAGUACAAGUACUCAUAUUUACGAUAAAGUGGAUCCACUCAUCGAAUAUUUUAAUAAUACCAUGAAAGGUUCUGUUUACCCAGAAAGGGAGCUCACAAUAGACGAGUCUAUGGUUUUAUUUAGAGGACGGCUCGCCAUUCGCCAGUACAUUAAAAAUAAACGCCACAAGUUUGGUAUCAAACUGUAUAUAUUAGCUGAUCCCAAAGGACUUGUGCACAGGAUACACAUGUAUAGGGGAUCAGCUGAUAGCGAAGUGAGCGGUACUGGACACGCAAAAAAAGUCGUCCUCAAAUUAACCGAAGACUUUAUUAACGCUGGUCACUCGUUAUACAUGGACAAUUAUUACAAUAGUGUGGAUUUGGCAGAAACUUUGUUACGCCAAAACACGUACUGCACAGGGACACUUCAGGUGAAAAGAAAGGGAAAUCCGGUAACAGUGACCAGCAAAAGAUUGACAAGAGGUAGUGUCGUAUACAGAAAAAAUCGGAAUGGUGUAUGUGUCAUGAAGUGGAAAGACAAAAGGGAGGUUUUGACUCUUUCCACAGAACAUACACCGGAUAUUCUGAAUACGACAAACUGGCGUGGUCGUGGCGUAUCGAAGCCUGAAAUGAUUAUUAAAUAUAAUAAAUUCAUGAAAGGUGUAGACCGGCAUGACCAAAUGCUGUCCUACUACCCAUGCGAGCACAAAACCAUAAGAUGGUAUAAAAAAAUUGGCAUCCACAUUAUGCAAAUGAUGUUUUUGAAUUCCUUUUUCAUGUUUAAUGAAGGGACUGGGAAAAACAUGUCAUUGGAAUCGUAUAGAAGUGAGGUAUUGCGUGGCCUUUUGCCACCACCUAUUUCUAGAAUAGAUCCUCCAGCGCUCCCAACACACAUGCCCAAGGAAUUGAACAGAAAUUCCAACGGUGUGUUGAAGCGGAGAAAGUGUGUUAGAUGCUGGAGUGUACACAAAAAGAGGAAGGACACCGGUAUUUUCUGCCCUGAUUGCGACGUAGGGCUAUGCAUUGCAUGUUAUGGCUCAUAUCAUAUUGAAAACAAAUUAUUACCUUAGAACAUUAGGGUAAUAACUUGUUUGUUUAGCUUUUUAUCACCUGAUGGUAAGCAAUCGGUAUUUGGUGAUGGGAAUUUUGGUGGUGGGAAUUUUGGU